AUGCAGGACAGCACAGCUGAAACUGUCGCAGCGACUUUUCUUCAGACGUGGAUUGCCCGAUUCGGCGUGCCAGAAGAAAUCGUCAUCGACCGGGGCCCGCAAUUUGAAAGCAGACUUUUCACUGCCUUCACCACCCUUCUCGGCACGAAGCGUUUGCGCACGACCGCUUACCAUCCGGCGUGUAACGGCCUGGUAGAAAGAUUCCACCGGCACCUCAAGCAGGCACGUAUGGCCCAUUUGGACGGUUCCUGCUGGACCGAGCACCUGCCAUUGGUGCUCCUCGGAAUCAGAGCCGCCGUGAAGCACGACCUCGGCUGCUCGUCAUCAGAGCUUGUGUACGGCACGUCCAUCCGGCUUCCUGCCGACAUUUUCAACCAUCGGUCAUCUUCGCAACCAUCAUCCCUAGCCCCAUCAGACUACGCCCAACGCUUAAAGGCUGCUCUCUCCCGGCUGCUCCCAACACCUACGAGAGCUGUUUCCUCCUCUUUCCCGUACGUCGCCCAGGACCUCACCAGCUCCUCCCACGUAUUCCUGCGCACCGACUCCAUCCGGCGCUCUCUCCAGCCCCCUUAUUCCGGCCCCCACAAGGUCAUCCACCGGGGUGCAAAAGCCUUUGCCAUCGACGUCAACGGUCGCGAGGUAGACGUGUCGAUCGACCGGCUUAAACCCGCUUACGUGGAAGCAACGAGCUCUGCCUUUUGUCAUCCCACCCUCCUUCCGCCAGACGUCCCCACUGAGCCAGACCGCCGGCUGCCCAAAACUGUCACCUGGGCCGAAGCUAGGACACCGGCCGUUUCCUUCACCUGUUCAUCCUUCACGCUUCACCCAUCUCGAAGGGGGGGAAGUAGCUGUAGUGGCACGGCAUCCCAAGGAAGAUGA